UCGAGGCGUCUCUCGAUAUGUGAAAUUUACCGAAGAAGAGCAAGACGCAGCAGAUUUUCGAGAAAAAUUUAUAUUUCAAUUCAUUGACAAAGUAAUUGAUGCACACCAAUUGGGCUCACUCGAUGACAUCACCAUUGAUUUUUUCGACAACAAUAAAACACCGAUAUAUUCUGAUGAUCUCUUUGAUAUUGUUGGACAAAAACUUAAUUGUGGAUGUUUUUAUGUUGAAUUGAAAAUAACUGGAGAGACAGAUAGAACCAUGACAGUCGCACAAUUGCGACAUUAUUUGGAAGUGAGAAAGAAUGCGGGAUCAAUCAUCACGGAACACCAACAAAAACACGCGUUGACAAAGAAAUCUAGACUCAAAUUGAUAAACCUUUUGGCUGACUUGAUCAAAGAGGAUUAUGAUGAUAAUGCGACAGAAUUUGAAAUCAAGUCGAUUUGUCUAGCCACGGUCACAAUUUUUCCUUCAUUGGCAGAUGAAACGGGUGGCAUAGGACUGCUGUAUGGUUCAGGAUAUGGAUUUUUGUAUGAGAAACUGCGAUACAACUCUAAAAAAGGUGACAACAAUCAAAAUGCAAUUGAUAAUGCUAUGGAAAUUGAAAGCGGAAAUUCACCUCUCGAACAAGAUCAAGACGAAGUGCUACAGUAUUUAAAAAACUGCGUUGUUCACCAAAAUAAAGAAGAAUUGAAACAAGUGCUUGCGAGUUGUGUCGAGUUCCGUCGUAAAAUCCUAAGCGAUCCACCACAGCCGAUUUAUAAAAUGUUUGGAUUUUACUUUGUCGACCCAGAGCUGAUUUUAUUUGACUUUGAGAUUCUGUACAGUGACAUUGAUGGGAAUGCAUUCAUGAAUACUUGGCCGGAAAUAAAACACACUGCACGAGAUGUGCACGAUAUCCAUGUUCCAGAAAAUAUCAUUCCAAUGAAUAAUCCGGAGAUUUUGGAUUUUUUGCAUCUCUUGAAAUUCAUUCCGUCGCGGGCCAAAUUUGAAAACGUCAUUAAGGAAUUCAUAAUUUUUGGCAAGACUCAACAUGACGAUCCAGUAAGAAUGGUUCAACCGAGAAAUCCGCACCCAAUAAUAAUUGUCAUCUAUGGAUUGAUUCCAGCUCCGGACACAAAGUUCUAUAUUGGAUGGCAAGAUCGUAUAUUCAGCCAUUUCGAAAUAACAAGACUGAUGAACUGUGAAAGUUUGCUAACGAAAUAGAACGACUACAACAAAAUGGAAGUAAAAGUAAACGAAUCGAAUAUUUUCGUUAAAAUAUUUAUAU